AUGUUCUCAACCACAUUCCCGCUGCUGGCUUGCAUUCUACCCAUCGCUGCUGCAACCUGCUACGAACCAUCGCCAGCGUUUCCGGUCCCCAGCUGGAAUAAGGAGGACCUGAAGUCAGAUUUUCCGCUUAUCGAGGCCAGUCUGCGAGACAUACUUGAUCAAGAGAACUACGAAUCGUCAUCGUUCUCUGUCGAAGUGACAUCCAGCACCGAGACCUUGUGGAGUGCUUUCCACACGGCCAAAGUGCUCAAUGAAACACGGCCAGGUGAUCAGAAUGUCAGUUCUUCGAGCCUGUACAGGAUAGCUUCGAUUACAAAGACGUUCACGACUCUCGCAAUUCUGCAUCAACACAAUGCCGGGAACUUGAGUCUUGACGACCCUGUGAUCAAGUACAUCCCCGAGCUCGACUCCUCAGACUUCACUAUACCAUGGAAAGACAUAACGAUCCGCAGUAUGGCCAGUCAGCUCUCUGGCGUCCCUCGAGAAUUUGGUCAGAGCGAUCUUUUGAACCUUGCAGAAGAUGCACUUAAACUCGGUCUACCACCAGCGUCUAAGGAGUCUCUGCCUCCUUGUGACGAAUAUGUAAGAAACAACUACAAGCCAUGCGGCCGCGCAGAUCUACUGAAGCGACUCAAAUCUGCGAAGCCGCUUUUCGCGCCGAAUCAAAAGUCGACAUAUUCGAAUGUUAACUUCGAUCUGCUGGGCCUCGUGAUCGAACAAGUCACUGGGAUGCCCUACGAAGAGUACAUCGUCGAGGCAAUCUUGGAGCCCCUUGAUAUGGUUUCUAGCUCCUUUGAGAAGCCAUCGGACAAGCAUGCAGUCCUUCCGGUCGUUCCAGGAACUGGUAAUUAUUGGGACAUCGACGAAGGAGUUCAAAACCCUACCGGCGGGUUGUAUUCGUGUAGCUCCGACAUGAGCAAGUUUGUCCGCUAUAUUUUGACCCACUUCAAUACUCUGGCCACUGGUGUCAACUGGCUCAUGCCUGGGAGCUGGGCCACGGGCAUGAACAGCUUCUACGGCACGCCGUUUGAAAUAUUUCGUUCCGAUCGCGUACUCAAAGAUAGUCGUCGACCUAUCACGUUCGUAACAAAGUCAGGCGGGCUUCCGGGCUACUUUACCCGGAUCAUCAUCCUCGAAGAGUUCAAUCUCGGCAUCACAAUCCUCGUCGGUGGCAAUCCGAAGCUCCUCGACAAGAUCAACGAGCUCGUCACCGUCAGCGUCGUCCAAGCAGCCGAAGCCGCGAUCUGGUCCAGUCUCGCUCAAAGCCACACGGGCAGCUUCACGGCCGUCGAUCCCUCUCUCAACUCCUCCCUCACUCUGACAGCAUCGCCCUCGAAAGGCCUGCAAUUGACGGCGGCAAUAUCAAACAGCACAGACAUCCUUAACGGCGUCCUAUCAGGGAAUGAUGACGACUUUGGCUCUUCCGCUCCAUGGCACGUCCAGCUCGUGCCGACGCUGUUGUACAAGAACGAAACGACACAGCAAGGCGAGAUUUGGAGAAUGUUGAUCGUUCAUGAGCGGGUGGAGGAUGAAAAGGCGAAGCCUGUCUGGGACGAUCAGUGUGUCACUGAUGUGGACCAGAUCAGCUAUGCGGGUCUACCGAUCAAUGAAAUUGUUUUCUGGUUAGAGGACGGAUUGGUUGAGUUACCUGCUUGGAAGGUUACGAUGAAGUUGGUCGAGGAGAAGGACGACGAGGGCAAGGAGUACACGUUUGACUUGUAAAAAUGGGCGACAGCCUGCAGCAGGACAGCACGCCUGGGCUAUGAGAAACUUUCAGUCAAGCCAAACGAGAGACACACAAGCAAGAGGC